GUUAAUGUGUGUUGGUUUCUUUUGUUUUGAUAUUUUUGUGUUGCUUGGUCUCGGAAGUGGAAACUUGCCGAGAAAUUACUCGUUGGAGCAUUUGAUUAAUAGUCUAUAAACCAUCAAUGGCCCAACGUGCUCGUCCUACUCAGCUUACUUGCCACGUUUGUGGGCAGGUCGGGCACACCCGGGAUCAAUGCCACAUUGCUACUAGGGCUUGCUUCAAAUGUGGCAAGCAGGGACAUCGGAUUGCAAAUUGUCCACUGCUAGAUCCUAAAGCUCAGAGUACUCAACCUACCACUCCGCAGAGUUCUACCAGUCAAGGGGCGCAGAAACAGAGUACUGGGGUUCGGACAAGAGCCCAGCAGGCGAGAGUGCAAGUGAUGACUCACAAGGAAGCUGCGGCUACCGACGUAAUCACGGGUACCUUGCCUGUUAACUCUGAUUAUGCGCAUGUUUUAUUUGAUUCGGGUGCAUCGCAUUCUUUUAUUGCUCGAUCCUAUGUUUUGAAACGAGCUUUGCCUGUUGAUAUCUCUGAUUGUGAACUGCAUGUGGACACCCCUUUAGGAGGGGUGAUGACUACUAGGGAGGUGUGUAGGACCGUGGAUAUUUAUGUUGAUGGUAGACAGUUGAGUGCUAGUUUGUUUGUUUUAGACAUCUCCGAUUUUGAUAUCAUUUUGGGGAUGGAUUGGCUGUCUAAACACUUUGCCUCUAUAGACUGUCAUCGGAAAUGGGUAAAUUUUAAUAUUCUUGGUGAGCCAGAAUUUAGUUUUCAAGGCAGUGGUUCUUUUGCUCUACCCAUGUUAGUAUCUGCCUUGCAGGCUCAGAAAUAUCUUGUAAAUGGUUGCCAGGGCUUCCUAGUCUCUGUUACUGAUACUAGUAGUGUGACAUCGAGACUAGAAGACAUACCGGUGGUGCGUGAGUUUCCGGAUGUAUUUCCGAAGGAUCUCCCAGGUUUACCUCCGGAUAGAGAGAAUUGAAGGAGUUAAAGGUCCAGCUGGAGGAA